UUCAAGGAAUUUUACUAUUGUUAUUUCUAAGAGGGCAGCUGGAGGAAUGAAAAGCCUUUUAUUCCAGAAUUUACAUCGCCACUAUGGUACCUGGAGCAAGUCAUCAAACUCUCUAAACCAUAACCCAAAUCCAUCUACUUCACUCUGUCUCUCUACCCUGGGUCCCACAUAAGUAUUUUCUUACCUUCUUUUAUUGCAUAAGACUUUUGGACCCUACAAUCCUUCUCUCCGCAGUAGCAGAAUGGUCUUUGCACACCCUCAAUCAGAUCAGUGCUGUCUGAUGCUGAAAGUGCCACCCAUGCCCAAAGGUGUCUGAUAGUACUGGGAACCUGCCCUCCACAGCAUACCUGCCCCACAAAUCUCCUCACUUCCUGUUCUCUUUUGCUGACUAUACUUGACCCACACUUGCCUUCCUUCUGCUCUUCCAAAUAUAGUAUUGAUCCUAUGUUUCUAUUUAUCACAAAUACUAUUCCCCCCAAUUCUGUACUUGGCUGGCUCCUUCUUAUCCACCUAAAGUGAGUUCUUUGCUGACCACAAAAUUUAAAGCAAUCUGCUACUGAUCUUGAUAUUUUGGGUUUUCUUCCAGGUUUACAUUCUUGUUUAAGUAUUUGUUUAUGACAUGAAUCCUCUGACUAGCAUGCCAUUGACAUAAAGGCAGGAACCACUGUUUCUCUGGUACUUAAAGGCUGACCAAAGUAAGUAUUCAUUGAAUGUGGAGUGAAGAAAUGAAGUAGUUCCGGCUACCUCAUUAGAGAAAGAUUUGUAGGGAGGUUAAGGUCACAGACUUUAGGUAGUUCCCUGGUGAUUCAGUGGGUUAAGAUUCUGUUGUUGUCACUGCUGUGGUACAUGUUUGAUCUCUGGCCUGGGAACUUCUAUGUGCCAUGGAUGCAGCCAAAAUAAACAAACCUAACAGGUACCGAAGUCGGAAUGGCCAGAUUUGAAAUUUACAUCUGUUGUCUUUCAUCAAUAAUAUGGGUAUAACGAUAACAAUCUCAUAGAUCUCUUCCAGGUUUAAAUGAUAUCCUGAUUCCAUCUCUAUCUUAUGCUUUUGUUUCCAUCUAGACAAUAUUAGGGCAAGAAAAGUUUUGGAUGCAUCAUCCUUCAUUUUAUUCCUUAGUUAACACCAGUGAGAUGAAAGCAGGAAACCACACAUUUGGAGUCUCUGAAUUCCUCCUCCUGGGCCUGUCUGAGCAGCAGGAACAGCAGCCUCUCUUCUUUGGCAUCUUCUUGGCCAUGUACCUGAUCACCGUGGUGGGGAAUAUUGUCAUCAUCCUGGCCAUUGGCUCUGGUCCACAGCUCUGCACCCCCAUGUACUUCUUCCUGGCCAACUUCUCCCUCACCGACCUGGCUUUAUCAUCUACCACGGUCCCCAAGAUGCUGGUCAACAUCCAGGCUCACAGGCGUACCAUCACCUAUACUGGCUGCCUGUCUCAGAUCUACUUCUUCCUGUGGCUCAUCGGUCUAGAUGUGUUCCUCCUGGCAGUGAUGGCAUAUGACCGGUUUGUGGCUAUCUGCCAUCCUCUGCACUACAACUUGGUCAUGAGCCCCAGAUACUGCAUCCUGCUAGUGUUAUCCUUCUGCACUGACAACACCAUCCCCCACUUCUUUUGUGAACUUCUCCCCCUGUUGAAGCUCUCUUGUUCCGACACCUAUGCCAACCAGUGUGUGUUGACCUACUGGGGAGGGGCGUUAACCAUCUUGAUCCCCUUGCUAAUCAUCAUUUCUUAUGCCCGCAUCGUGGCUGCCAUUGUGAGAAUCCCAUCAGCAAGGGGGAAGUGGAAGGCCUUCUCCACCUGCAGCUCCCACCUCUUGGCAAUUUGUUUGUUCUAUGCAUCUGCUAUAGGGGUGUACUUCCUUCCCUCCUCUGCAGAUGCAGCCAGCAAGGACAGGUUUGCAGCAGUGAUGUAUGCCGUGGUAACCCCCAUGCUGAACCCAUUCAUCUAUGGCCUGAGAAACAGAGACAUGAAGAGGGCCUUGGGGAGACUCCUGAGCAGAAGGGCACUGCAAUCUCUAUGAGACCAAAGACAUCAUUUGGGGAUUUCAGGGGAAAUCAAUUUAGAGAGUUAUCUUGGUAUCUCCAUCCAAAUCCUGCAUCUGCCAUUUACUCGCUUUCCAACUCAGGGAAAUUAAAUAACCUCAUUGAGCCACUAUCUCCUCACUCAAAAAAAAAGUUCAUAAAGUAUGUACCAUCAUGUAGGGUUUCUGGGAGGGUAAGAAAGAAAAAAUGCAUACCUGUAAAUUUAUUCAGAUCUUCAUUUUUUUUUCAGAAAUUGUCAACAUAUGCCUUUGUGGUUAAUAUUUUCAUUAUACAGAAGAGAAAGCAAUGGUCAAACAGGUUAAAUUAUGUAACCUGGAGUUAGACAUCUAAUAACUGGCAGAGCCAGAAUUUGAACUCAGAUAUCUGAUUCCAACAUGCAUACUCUGAUAAAUGCAUAUGAAAUAUAUAUAUUCUUCAUCCUUUUUCUUUUUUUUUUUGCUUACUUCACACUGUUCACAUAUGCAGUUCCAAUCUACAACUUCUCCAAAUACAAGCAACUGAUUUGAAAAUGAGGUAAAAUGACUAAGAAGCUAGAGAAUAGAGUAUAUAGAGCUUCAGAGAUUCUGCUUCCCCAAGAGAUCACACCCUCUGCUUGAGCCUAAACCCUUACUUAGACAUUUUGAAAUGACUUCUGAAUCAAGCCAUGGGGUCAGAGAGAAGAGUAUUUGGACCACACUGCCUGACACUCUCACCAAGUUUCUUUUAUUGAACCAUCAUCAUUCUUCAGUGCUAUGCCAACAGUCAAUGCUUAGAUGUCUUUCAAAUAAAACUGUGUUCCUAUUGGUUUGUUUGAUUAAAGUAUAGUUGAUUUACUAUGUUGUGUGAAUUUCUGUUGUAUAGCAAAGUGACCUAGUCAUACAUAUAUAUAUACGUUCUUUUCCUCAUAUUAACUUCCAUCAUGGUCUAUCCCAAGAA